CACCAAUAAAGAGGAUGCCCACGUGGCCCCAGCAUUUGGAGGGUGUUGGGUGGUCACUGGUCAUGGCCGCUAAAAGCAGCCUGCCACUCACUGGAGCCAAAAUGAAGACCCCUCUCCACACCUACAGCAUCAUGCUGGUCCUGCUCUCGCUGCCGGCUGUCCUCCAGGCCACCACUGCCCGAAAGAAUGACAUCGACAUCUAUAGCUUCACUGUGGACUCCAAGGUCUCAUCCCGAUUUGCCCACACGGUCGUCACCAGCCGGGUAGUCAACAAGGCUGAUACUGUGCAGGAGGCCACCUUCCAGAUGGAGCUGCCCAAGAAAGCCUUCAUCACCAACUUCUCUAUGAUCAUCGAUGGUGUGACGUACCCAGGGAACAUCAAGGAGAAGGCUACAGCCCAGGAACAGUACAGUGCAGCCGUGGCCAGGGGAGAGAGCGCUGGCCUUGUCAAGGCCACUGGGAGAAAGAUGGAGCAGUUCCAGGUAUCUGUCAAUGUGGCUCCCGCAGCCAAGGUCACCUUUGAGCUGGUGUAUGAGGAGCUGCUCAAGCGGCAGCUGGGAGUGUAUGAGCUGCUGCUGAAAGUCCGGCCCCAGCAGCUGGUCAAGCACCUGCAGAUGGACAUUCACAUUUUCGAGCCUCAGGGCAUCAGGUUCCUGGAGACAGAGAGCACCUUCAUGACCAACGAACUGGCAAAUGCCCUCACUGUCUCGCAGAACAUGACCAAGGCUCACAUCCGGUUCAAGCCAACGCUCUCCCAGCAGCAGAAGUCUCCGGAGCAGCAAGACACAGUUCUGGACGGCACCUUCAUCGUCCGCUAUGAUGUGAACCGGACCAUCUCUGGGGGCUCCAUUCAGAUUGAGAAUGGCUACUUUGUGCACUACUUUGCCCCCGAGGGCCUGCCCACAAUACCCAAGAAUGUGAUCUUUGUCAUUGACAAGAGUGGCUCCAUGAUGGGCAGGAAAAUCCAGCAGACCCAGGAAGCCCUAAUUAAGAUCCUGGACGACCUCAGCCCCAAAGACCGGUUCAACCUUGUCUGCUUCAGCGGGGAAACAACCCAGUGGAAGCCAUCGCUGGUGCUGGCCUCAGCUGAGAACGUGAAGGAGGCCAAGAACUACGCUGCUGUCAUCAAGGCCCAGGGAGGUGAGCGCCUGGGCAGCCCUGCAGGGUGGGGCUUCUGGGGCACCGAGCACGGCCCAGGGCAUCUGGCUGGGAGCCACCCUGAGAGUGUGCGCCCCACAGCGACCGACAUCAACGCUGCGACACUGAGGGCCGUGCAGCUGCUGACGAGAGCCAACCAGCAGGAGCUGCUGCCCGCAGGGAGUGUCUCCCUCAUCAUCCUGCUCACCGACGGCGACCCCACCGUGGGGGAGACCAACCCUGCGAGCAUCCAGAAGAACGUGAAGGCAGCCAUAGGUGGCCAGUACAGCCUCUUCUGCCUGGGCUUCGGCUUCGACGUCAGCUACGCCUUCUUGGAGAAGCUGGCACUGGACAACGGUGGCCUGGCUCGGCGCAUCUAUGAGGACUCGGACUCUGCCCUGCAGCUCCAGGACUUCUACCAGGAAGUGGCCAACCCACUGCUGAUGAGGGUGGCCUUCGAGUACCCGAGCAAUGCCGUGGAGGAGGUGACGCAGGACAACUUCCGGCUGCUCUUCAAGGGCUCCGAGAUGGUAGUGGCCGGGAAGCUCCGGGACCAGAGCCCUGAUGUGCUCUCAGCCAAAGUCAGCGGGAAGGUGCACUUGCAGAACAUCACCUUCCAAAUGGAAUCCAGCGUGGCCCAGAAGGAGGAGGAGUUCCGGAGCCCCAAGUACAUCUUCCACAGCUUCAUAGAGAGACUCUGGGCGUACCUGACCAUCCAGCAAUUGCUGGAGCAAAUAGUGUCUGCAUCAGAUGCUGAAAAGCAGGCCCUCGAGACCCAAGCUCUAAACCUGUCACUCAAGUACAGCUUUGUCACCCCCCUCACGUCCAUGGUGGUCACCAAACCUGAAGGUCAAGAACAGUCUCAAGUUGCUGAGAAGCCCCUGGAAAAUGAAAACAGACACAGGAACGUCCACCCAGGUCACACUGCCUUCAAAACUCAUUCCGUGGGAGACAGAAUGUCCAGAAUAACAGCCGGGACUUUCCAGAAGCUACCCAGCUUCCCACGGAGAUUUGGACAACCCGGACCUCUUCAUCCUCCUCAUCGUUCUUUCCCACCCCACCAUGGUAUGCUGCUACCAGACGUGUUAGGUAAGCUGCUUUCUGACCCUCUAGAGCCUAGUUUCCCCAAAGUAAUAAUCAAAACUGCCCGCAGAGUUGGACCUGCUUCACCUGCCCCAGGAAUCACCCCUGCUGUCCCAGCCCACAUCCAGGCUCCUCCUGUCAUCCUGCCGCUACCUGGGCAGAGCGUGGACCAGCUCUGCGUGGACAUCAAGCGCUCUCAGGGGCUGAUGAACCUGCUCUCAGACCCUGACCAAGGGGUUGAGGUGACUGGCCAGUAUGAGACAGAGAAGGCCCAGUUCUCAUGGAUCGAGGUGACCUUCAAGAACCCCCAGCUGCAGAUCCACGCAUCCCCUGAGCAUGUGGUAGUGACUCGGAACCGAAGAAACUCUGUGUACAAGUGGAAGGAAACGCUGUUCUCAGUGAUGCCCGGCCUCAAGAUGACCAUGGAUAAGGCAGGGCUCCUGAUGCUAAGCAGCCCAGACAAAGUGACCAUCGGCCUGCUGUCCUGGGAUGGCCCUGGGAAGGGGCUCCGGCUCCUUCUGCGAGACACUAACCGCUUCUCCAGCCAUGUCGGUGGGACUCUUGGCCAGUUUUACCAGGACGUGCUCUGGGGGCCCCCAGCAGCGGCGGAUGACAGCAAGCGCACACUGAGGGUUCAGGGGCAUGACCUCUCUGCCACCAGAGAGCUCAAGCUGGAUUACCAAAACGGGCUCCCAGGAACAGAGAUUUCCUGCUGGUCUGUGGAGCUGUAGUUCUGAUGGGAGGAGUUAUGCCCACCCCCCAUGCCACCCAACUGUGUGCAGAUGGCUGUCACCGUAUGACCACAGGGCCCCUCUGGGGCCUGGACC